GAUGAUAUGUCGUUGAACCGUUUUUACAUUUCCUGCUAAGUCGGAGAGAGAUGGGAAGCACGGCCACCAGCACGGCUUUAAUCUCCCAUUUUCAGCUGAACAAGUGCUGUUCAAGACUCCUCGACUCAACCAGGACUCGCCUGAACCUGAGUUCUGUACGAGUCAGCAGUUCAAGGAAGAGGAGUUUAGGACUCAGUGCUUCGCGGAGCCGGAGAAGUUUCGAUGGCGCCGUUUGUUUCGCUGCCGUCGAUGAUGAGUUGAGGGAAAAUCAGCAGGAAUUGAGCACCAGUGGCGGUGUUGACUCUGCCAUCGACGAUAGGCCUGAGUUGGCUAAUGUCUCUAGAGAGGAAACACCGCAAAGUUUUGAGCAGGAUGACGAGCGAAGUGCACUUUAUAAUUUCCUUUAUCCUGAUCAAGAGCUCCUUCCUGAUGAUAAAGAAAUGAGUAUGUUUGAUCAUCUGGAAGAGCUUCGGCAGAGAUUAUUUGUGUCAGUUUUGGCAGUUGGAGGAGCUAUCUUGGGCUGCUUUGCAUUUUCAAAGGAACUCAUAAUGGUUCUUGAAGCUCCUGUUAGAGCACAAGGUGUGCGGUUUCUGCAACUAGCACCUGGCGAGUUUUUCUUCACAACUUUAAAGGUGUCAGGAUAUUGUGGCCUUCUUUUAGGGAGCCCGAUUAUUCUGUACGAGAUCAUAGCCUUUGUUCUUCCAGGAUUAACAAGAGCAGAGAGAAGGUUUCUGGGGCCUAUUGUUUUGGGCUCCUCAGUGCUUUUCUAUGCUGGCAUUAUCUUCUCAUACUUGGUUCUGACUCCAGCAGCCUUAAAUUUCUUUGUUAGUUAUGCUGAAGGGGUUGUGGAGUCUUUGUGGUCUAUUGAUCAAUAUUUUGAGUUUGUACUGGUGCUCAUGUUCAGCACAGGCUUGUCUUUCCAGGUUCCUGUUAUACAAUUUCUUCUCGGACAAGUCGGACUAGUUUCGGGAGACCAGAUGCUUUCGAUUUGGAGAUAUGUUGUGGUUGGUGCAGUUGUUGUAGCGGCUGUGCUUACACCUUCAACAGAUCCUCUUACCCAGUUGCUUCUGGCAGCACCUUUGUUGGGUCUUUACUUGGGUGGUGCAUGGGUUGUAAAGCUUACUGGCCGGUGAUUGACUCGGUCUUCAAUCCAGUUAACAACUACUGGUAUACUCCCACAAUUUGUCUCACGUUAAGCAUGGUGUCAAUUUGAAGAGGGUAGGGGUAUAAAACUGCCACUUCAAACUUCUGACAAAUUUGUAUAAUCAUUGUAGAAAUAAUGUCAGUAUAUGCAAAUUUAU